UCAACGCCACCAUGCCCAGCCCAAAGAACAGCCCAAAGGGCAGCCGCGAGAGGCGGGCUCCUGGCAGCAGGCUGGAGUUCUUAUCCCUGAUGAAUCAGAAGACCCAGGGGUGCCCAGAAAGCCCAUCUCGUCGCAAGGACUCAGCCGCCGGUGCCACCCCACAGGCUCUACCCGAGGAGGACUGCAUGAAGCUGAAUCCGUCUUUCAUGGGCAUUGCCCUGCGCUCCUUGCUGGCCAUCGACCUUUGGGCUUCCAAACGGCUAGGGGUGUGCGCUGGAGAGAAUUCUUCGUGGGGCAGCGCCCGCCCCCUCAUGAAGGUCAUAGAGGUCUCGGGACACGGUAUCCCCUGGCUAGCGGGCACCUUGUACGGGCUCUGCAGGAGUGGAAGCUCAGCGGGCCGUGAGGUGCUGAUCAACCUGCUUUUCGCUCUGGUGCUUGACCUUGUUUUGGUGGCGCUAGUGAAAGGACUGGUCAGAAGGCGGCGCCCCACUCACAACAAGAUGGACAUGUUCGCCACCAUCUCUGUGGACAGGUACUCCUUCCCGUCGGGCCACGCAACCAGAGCAGCCAUGGUUUGCCGGUUCGUUCUCCACCACCUGAUCCUGGCCAUCCCUCUUCGAGUCCUGGUGGUUCUGUGGGCCUUCAUUGUGGGGAUUUCCCGAGUCAUGCUGGGCAGGCACAACGUGACCGAUGUGCUGUUUGGGCUAGUCAUGGGCUACAUGCAGUACAGCGUGGUGGAAUACUUCUGGCUGUCGCCCCUCAGUGCUCCUGUGCUCUUUACAGCGUGGAGUUGACUAUUCUGAA